AUGUCAAACAGUCCCCGGAAAUCAAUUGAUAGCCUGGCUUCGGGGGUAUCCUCGCCCUCGAUUUCAUAUUCAACAGGCCAGUUGGAGUCUCCCCGCGUGCCCCCUCAACGAUACCCCCUGAGGAGGGGAUCAACGGCGAGCUCUAUCGUGAGCAUCGGAGGAGUGCUAGACUCUUCUCACCAUCAUGGCUCAAUCGCAGAGUCUGGUCAGAAUGCCAUUUCGACCCUCCUCCAGCCUCCAAUCACACGCACCGGUCUUACGGCUCAGAGUGCAGUGUCGAAUCCCGGUUACAAGCCCCCAUCGUCGCGCGAUAUACCCCCAGUCACCCUGACAAACAUCACACGUGUGGACCCGAAGGCGUUUCAACCGUACCUGGCGCAAGUGGGCUCGUUGUACGAUGUAUUCCAACAACCAAAAGAAGGCGCAGGAGAGGACACACAGUCGACACAGGCCGCCAAGUCUCCCAGGCCAGACUCUGAUCGCGAUUCUUUGAUGCCAUGGUCCCCGGAACGGAGAUCCUCGGUCAUGUCGACCAGUUCACGACCAUCGUCACCCUAUGAUACCCGUGGUCGACGCUCCUCUGGCGGUCGUGGCCGCGGUCCCGCUGUAACUCCUCUUUCCACAAUUCCUCCGGUAUACUUCGACGAAGGGUUCCAUUUGGAGAAUCCUCGCACAUUCGAUGUGAUAUCAGAGAAAUCCGACGUGGUUCGACCGCCAAGGCCACCAACGAAGGAUGACAAAGGUUCUAAUGGGAGCGCCCUAGAGCCAGUUCAAACUGGCAGAAAAGCACUAGCAACAAAUGCCAUUCUUCAAGAAAAGCUGUCCUGGUACAUGGAUACUGUGGAGAUUCAUCUAAUCUCGUCUAUUUCAACGGCAUCAAAAUCUUUCUUUACUGCCUUAGGGUCGCUUCGAGAACUACAUGCGGAAGCAGCUGACUCGGUGAAUCGGAUACAGUUGUUGAGGAAGGAUUUGCAAAAGAUCGAUAAGGAAAUGGCCUUGGGUGGACUAAAGAUUGUCAACUUGCGACGCCGAAGGGAGAAUGUACGGAUGCUGGCUGCGGCCGUGGCGCAACUUCGUGAUGUGGUCGAAUCAGUAUCUCGAUGCGAGGAACUAGUUGAACAGGGCGAUAUCGAGGAAGCUUCCGAUGGGCUUGAGGAAGUCGAAAAGCUGAUGGCCGGCGAGAAGAUCUCUGAACGAGCCGCGGCGGAGGAUGCGGAGCACGAAGAGAAAGCUCCCCGGCGUAUUAUUGAUCUGCGAGGCAUCAAGGCAUUGGAAGGAGCAUCGGAGGAUCUCGCACAACUACGUCAGCGCAUUGGAAUGGGCUAUGAAACCCGAUUCUUGAAUGAUCUAUUGGGAGACUUGCGACAGCAUGUCAAAAAUGUGCCAUCGGAUAUUACACUUCAGCGCUUGGGAGCUUCAUUCCAGCGACAGAGGGGUGGCAAUCGAUCUGGAGUAUCGGUCUCGCCUGCGUACAUGAAUUUCAAUAAUGAGUUGCGAUCCCAACUGGACACCCAGCUCAAUGGACUUGCUCGAUCUCGCUACACGAUGUCAGCGGCAACCUCUUUCAAGACUGCUGUUCUGCGAGAAAUGAAGGGCCUGAUUCGCAAAUAUCUACCCAGCUCCAGUGAUGAUGACAAUGAAUCUAUGGUUUCAUUGUCAACGCAUGGCGGCCAACAACUAAGUCAGCAAGAGAAGUCGUCGAUCCUUGCUCGCAAUCUGCGCGCGCUCGAUCCAGAUGAUGCGUACGCAAUGUUGGUCAACGUGUACACUGGAAUUAGCGAAUCUCUCAGACGACUCAGUGUUCAAGUUAAAAUUCUCCUCGAUAUCGCCAGUGGCCUUGGAAACUCCCCAACGUCUGGGGUUAAAUCACCACCCCGAAGCCCCAAUCCAGGAAGCCCCAACCCACAAAGCUUGGAUCAGGCUGUGAAGUCCCCACCGAUCGGCCCCACAGCUUCUGACAUGGCCCAAGAUGAGAUCCUCCAGGUCUUAGACAUGUCAAGUCUACUCGGUCAAGCGGUUGAUAUCGCCCAGUCCCAGAUAACAAAGGUGUUGAAGGUUCGAUCCGAGCAGACCGCCCAGCUUUCCAAAGAGCAGUUCCUGCAAUACUUUACGCUUAACCGACUGUUCGCUGAUGAGUGUGAGGCCAUCUCGGGACGCAGCGGUACCACUCUCAAGACCAUCGUUGGCAAUCAAAUCCGCGAUUUCGUCACCCGUUUCGGUGAUAGCCAGCGCCAUCAAAUUGUCAAAGUCAUGGAUGCAGACCGCUGGGAUGCACGAGAUUUCGGUGACGCUGAAGUCACAAUAUUGACACGGAUUCUGGAAGCAAGCACCAAUGAUAUUGAUGCCUGGACCGAAAUCUCAAAGAUUUGGAUCCCAGUUUCCGGAAAUGAACAAACUCAGCCUGAGAAUGAUUCCGCUGCCAACGGCACAGACAAAACUAAGGUUCGCACCGCCGUUAUCGACGAGCAAAAGUACAUUCUUCCCGAUUCUGCUGUGGCCAUGAUGCGCACCAUCGAAGACUUUGAGUUCCUCAUGGCCAAUAUUCCCAGCAUGAUGCAAGAUAUUGCGCCCCACCUACUCGAUAUCCUCAAGUUGUUCAACUCUCGGUCAUCGCAGUUGAUUCUCGGAGCUGGUGCUACACGAAGUGCUGGUCUGAAGAACAUCACAACUAAGCACCUUGCCUUGUCAUCGCAAGCACUGAGCUUUGUGAUUGCCAUGGUUCCUUAUGUACGGGAAUUUGUGCGACGGUCCGGACAGGCCAACCCAUUAAUGGCCGAGUUUGACAAAGUCAAGCGACUGUGCCAGGAACACCAGAGUGGUAUUCAUGAGAAGCUAAUGGAUAUCAUGAGCUCGCGAUCGUCAGUCCAUGUCAAUGCCAUGAAAAAGAUCGAAUGGGAUGCCAAGGGUGGCUCCACUGCCGUUCACCCUUACAUGGAGACGCUGGCCAAGGAGACAGGCACUCUGCAUCGGGUCUUGAGCAAACAUCUCCCAGAUAUGACUGUCAGCAUGAUCAUGGUUCCAGUAUUCAACAGCUAUCGAGACCAAUGGACCAAGGCCUUUGAGGAGGCAGAUGUGCAGACCGAGGCCGGAAUAAAGAGCAUGCAAGCCGACGUCGAGCACUUCCGAACAAAGUUGAGCAAAAUUGAAGGAGCGAACGAAGUGGGCGAUAAGCUUCUCGAGGUCAUCAAAGCUAAGACCAUCGCCAGUGAACCUGAGAAUUCAGAGCCGCCUGGUGAGAAGCAAACACAGGACAAGGGAUCUGAAUCUCCCAAGUCAUAA